AUGAACCCCACAAAAAACCACUCCCCAAUCCACUCCCUCCCCCCCGAACUCCUCACCUCAAUCCUAACCCACCUAACCCGUCAAGAAACCUACCCCCUCCUCUUCGUCUCCAAACACUUCCACUCCAUCUCCCUCCCAAAGAUAUGGCAUACCCUCUCCACCACCCCCAUAGAAAGACUCGUCACCCGAUCAGGAGAACCAAUGAAGGGCAUCGGCCUUCGAAAGCUAAUCUCCAACUCCAAGGAAUUUGGAUUCGAAACAAUAGAAGGGUUUAAACAUGUCAAAGAGAUACAUUUUAACGGUCCCCAGGAUUUUGUGGAUACUGCCGUGUGGGUUACCAGUGGACUUUUGGAGUUUAUUACGGGGUUGAUCGAAACUGGGGGGAUAAACCUUGUAAGAUUGGAGAUUGAUAGCGUCAUGAAUGCGAGGGCGUUUAGGAUUACUGCCAGGGUGGAAAACCUCCCCCACAUGUGCACCUUCCUAAACGCUAUAAAACACCACUCCGCAGCCACAAUCAUCCUCAAAUACGUCAACAACAGAGAAACAGACAUCGACUUCCCCUUCGAACUCUUCAACCCAAACAACAUCACAUCUCUCGACAUCAUCCACAGCGACACAUGGGGUCAUAAUUCCCACCCAAGGGACUCAGUAAUCAGAAAUACCACAACCCUAAUCUCCAUCCUCUCGCAAACGCCAUACUUAAAAUUUCUAAAAUUGUUCUUAGCAUACCCUCUAGAAGAAGGUACUGAUCAGGAACUAGAAACUAACUUUCAAAAUACAAUCUCAUCACUCUCACGCCUCGAAGUCCUUCAAGUCACCUACGCACUUUUCAGCCCUUCAUUCUUCCUCACACCCCCAGAAACCACAAAAUCUUUAACAAUAAUGCAACACGCUUCACAAACCUGGUGGGAGAAACUAUCGAAAUAUACUUCUAAAAAUCUCGAAACCUUAAGGAUAUUCACCCGACACGCGCCGGCGCCGCGUAAACGUUUUCCUCGAGAAAUUUUUUAUCGCUUUGAUAUGACCACCCUGGAAUUAAAAAAUUUGAAAAGUUUCUCGAUGGGUUGUGAUGAAGGUCCCGUUCCUAGAGGGUUUUUUGAUCUACUUUAUGCGAAUAAUCCGGGACUUGGAGAGGAUUUGAAGAAGGCUGAGAGGGAGGAUAAAUUGAGGAUUGAAAAAGCGUUGAAGUUGGAGUUGAGGUCGUUGUUGAAUGCGCAUGAGGAUGAGGACGAGGAUGGUGAUGAUGGGGAUGAGGACGAGGAUGAUGAUGAUGAUGAGGAUGAUGAUGACUGA